AUUUAUUAUGCAUGACAAAGGCAAACACAUGAACUCGCUUAUCUUUAUUUAUUUCUCUUUCUUCUUUCUUGACACUUUUUCUUUUUCGUCUUCUCUUUAUCUGCCCACACUAAAGCGUUUUGCUCGUACUUUUUAAUGCCAUACAACCCGCUUCUAGCAACCAGUGCUAUUGCAGUUGGCGCAGCUGUAAUGUAUCGCAAGAACACCAUCGACAGCAGCGGCGUGAGUCUGCUGCAUGCCCCGCAAACGGCCAGGAUUGAGGGCAAAAAGACCCUACUCGACAUCAUCACAGCCGAAUGCCCAUCGCUGGCAGACCCUGAAAAGGCACGGUUCGUGCCCACACCAAUGCUUCCGACCGCCGACUUCCAGACAUGUUACAAUGCUAUUAGAGAGCGGUUCGGAAAACUCAAAAUUGUAAAGUACGAGCGCGAGCUCAUCACCACAGAGGACGGUGGUACUAUCGGCCUGGACUGGUCGCCUCCGUUUACGCAGAUGCCCGAGGAUGACCGUCCAAUUGUGGUCCUGUCCCAUGGGUUGUCGGGCGGAAGCCAGGAGACCUACGUCCAAACAGCCAUCAAGGCCCUCACGUCUGCGCCGUACAAUUUCCGAACUGUUGUGGUCAACUUCCGCGGCUGCGCAGGCGUCAAGCUGACCACACACGUACUGUACAACGGCGGCUUCACGUCAGACUAUGGAAUUGCCGUGGAGUAUAUCAAGGGCCGCUUCCCGCAGUCAAAGCUUGUAGCAAUUGGUUAUUCACUGGGCGCGAACUUGAUCACAAAGUACGUCGGCGAGCAAGGCGAGGUCUGUCCGCUAAAGGCUGCCAUAUCUGUGGGCAACCCUUACGACCUGGCAGCCUCUUCGGACGCCAUUGAGGAGCCCACCUUCCGCAACAAGUACGUGUACUCGCCUGCUAUGCUUGAGGGUCUGAUGCGGCUUUACCGGCGCCAUAGCAAGAUGAUGGCCACGGGCCCGGUCAAGCUUGACGCCAAGGCAAUUGCAAAGAUAAAGUCAAUUCGUGAGUUUGACGAGCUCAUUACAUCGAGGGUGUUUGGGUACAAGAACAGCACCGACUAUUACCAGCAGAACAGCAGUGCCCAGUUCAUGCCCAACAUUAGCAUUCCCUUCUUGGCCAUCACUGCGCUGGACGAUCCUGUGUGCCCCGACAGUUACAUUCCUCGCGAGACAUUCCGCUCCAACCCGCACUUGGUCCUUGCCCUUACGCAGUACGGCGGGCAUCUGGGCUACCACGAGAGCUUGAGUCAGUCGUGGCUACCUCGCCCAAUUGCCGAGUUCUGCAGCGCCAUCUUCAACCACACAACGGUGUAAAGC